CGAAUUCUAGCUCUGAUUUCUUUCUCUCUGGCUCUUGUAAGAUCUGAUCUGUGUUAUUCAAAAUUCUUCUACUCUUGGAGUCGGUUGGUCUUAUCUAACUUGUCCAACUUUCCAUGACCGGACCUACCUAACUUGAACGAUAUCCUCCUUACCUUAGAGUACUUUCAGCUUUUUAUUGGAUUUUAUUUUUUGUUGGCCCUCUUCAGAACUUUCCAUUCACACAACAAAUACAAAAAAGCCCUUACCAACAUGCUACACUUUUACGAAACCAACGAGGCACUUUAUGAAGCCAGCCAAGAGACAACAUCCCGGGACCGGCCUCCCCAAUUGAACCAGACCGUGUGCGGUUGUUGGAGUGGUAGCGGUUGCAAUCACAUAGUUGAUGAGGGAGUGGAUAGUGGGAGAAGUAGUAGUGAAGACGGUGCCUCGACACAAAUGCUAGAAACGCUUGGUGUUGCUUCUGACCAUUCCGAGAUAGAUGAGGUAUUUCCUCCCUGCUCAGACGACCCCGAAGAACAUGUGAGCUUGGAAUCCUUUGCGGCCCAACGGUCAUCAUUCUACCCCGAAGAAGAAAUCCGGGAAAUUCGAACAAAAUUCGGAGGAUUCUUGAAUAGCACGGAGGGCUUCCGACUCAGCCAGCAUGCGAUUGGUAUUGAGGAACGACCCAUGCACGUGCAUCGAGUGCAUAUUCUCCUCCACGACGGCGAUGACGCAGCGAACAGCAUGAGAAACGAACCAAACAGCAGUGACGACCACAGCAUUGUAACUUCAGAAAACAUGAGUGUUCGUUGUAUGUCCCCUGGACCGGGCCUAGGGUCAUGGAUUGAGGACCGGGUGAACGGAUACCACUUCCUAGACUCCCCUCUUCGACUCACUCCGCAACGCCGAUACUGUCGAGGGUUGGUGGCAUCGCAUCUUGUUUUGCGGGACGACAUGGUGUGCGCCGAAUCUGCUGAGGGCUUUCUUGAGGAUAGUUCUAAGUUUGGUGGCUUCCGUUGAGAUACGAAUGUUGAAGAAGAGAAACAUCUUUGAAUGUCGACACUCGAAACACCUUGUGACCGACUGUCCUUAAACUAGUUCCUUAUUUGGCUCGGGAUCAUGUUGGUGAUAUCAAACCAGGAAGUUGGGCGAAAUUGUAUUGAUUCGGGCAGGGUUUGGUCUCUCUUUCGAUUCCUUUGGGGUUAUCAGGGUAUCAAUCUUAAGGACGAC